GCGCGUUUGCUAUUCCCAUUAAAGAUAUAGUAGUUUUCCUGGGUGAUCUUCACAAUUUGGAUUUGUGAGGAUCUCAGAGAUGCCGCAGAAUUUUACCAGAAUCACAGCUGAAGAUGUUAAAUAUUAUCUUCUUGUAGAAUUAUUUGACCAAGGCAAAGAUGGAUUCGACCUUACCGUUUGCAAUGGCGAUCACGUUUGGCGCGAAACAGGUAAAUAGUCUGAAAAUAUGGAACCAAUUAUCAUCUUCUUGAAGGAUUCCUCUUUAUUCAGCCAUGUAUCUUGUUUAGAAUCUGGAAAUAUUGGCAAUACGCUUGUAUUUUUGGUGGUCAAUUUACUGGUUCCUUUUGAAAUUAGUUCAGACAACCUGAUUCAGGUAAGGUCUAAUUAGGAAAAUGACAACAAGUUUAACUGAAUAAUGGCUGUAAAUAUAUGAAAAUCAUAUAUGUCCACUGCGGUUGAAGAAACGAAUAUAGAAGCGAUCCUCGCAGCUAUGAACACUACUGAACUAGUAGUUGAAAACAAGGUCUAAAAAAAAAUCCCACCCCAUGGACCAUGAUACCCCCUGUCUGUGUUUGUGACAGUUGUAGAAUCCACUUUGCCUUCACAGCCAAUCAUGUUGGCUGCUGUUAAUUGUAUUCAGUUAAAAGUCUAGGAAGUGAAGUUUUUCUGCCAUAACCCAUGCUGAAAACCCCUUUGGAAACAUAUGCUAUAUUACAGAAGGUUCCAGUACUCUUUUCCUCAUUUAUCAUAAUGUGAUUUCAAUUCCUUUUUUUUUGGUUGUUGUGCUUUUGUUUUUUUCUGCUUUGAGAUAUUCACUGUGACAGUGACUGAUGGCAGCUUUAGAUAAAAUUGAAAAUUUGGCUCUGAACCUCAGGUGAUGACUGAGAUCAUUUUUAACAUCAACAGCAUCUUUAGUUGGUGAUUAUUUCUAUUGUUAUCAUGAACUUAAUGUGCAAUUCAGGGGAGAUGCUGUGAGGAGAAAUAUGAUGCUAGUCACUUUUAAGGAUUUACUUAUGUUGUUUAUUUUUUUCAAGUUGAUUCAUUGACCAUUGAAUCUAUGGCAAAGACUGCUGAUAUGAGUGUUACUGAAUUUGCUGAUCAAACAAGCAGAGCACUGACAGGCCAGACAACAAGUCAGGAUAAUUUUGUCUUUCAAGCCAAGCCUAAAGAGACAAAGUUACAGGUUGGAUAAAACCCUUUUGAGGCAUUUUGGUUAAUUACAUUUGGGUAUCUUUAGAUAUCUGUUACAAAUGACUAAGAUAGAAUAAAACUGAGUAGUUGAUUAAGCUAUUUCCAUUUCCUGAAUUUCGAUAAGAAUAGAAAUGGUAAGUGAUUGAUACAAACUUGAUGUGGUGAGAUGCUGAAAAAAGCUUUGUUCCCACAAGCCAGAUUUUUGUUUUAUUUUAGAAAAGAAACAGCAACAUAAGUUAAUAUAUAUUUAAUUUUUGUAAGCCCAGCUUUUUUAAAAGUACAAGAUGGCUUGAAAACUCUCACUGGAAAAAGAUAAUGGAGGUUCUAAAACAGCGUGAUAUGAUUUACAAACUAAGCAAUAAGAUCUUCAAAAUAUAUUAUUGAUAUGUGUGCCAGAAGGAGAAGCCGUAAAUUUAGAUGUUAUAUACAACCUACUAUAGAUUCUAAUUUCUCAAUACUCAAGUCCAUUAAAUACUUUACCUUAAAGGGUCUUUUAUCCAGUUAAAAAAAUUUUAGCUUUCCAUUCAAAUAACACGAAGAAGGGCAGGGAAAAGUAUGCUGGGUAUGAAUGUAAUGUUAGGGAAAACAGAACCAGUUAUGGUUUAUCAGGAUUGUCAGCAACUUGACUUGAGGGAAACUACAAAUAAUGAGAUAUCCUCUAAUGAUUUUUUUGCUUUUUAGUUCUCUUGGAAGAUGCAUAUUGGUGAUGGUGUUAAGGUAGUGAAAAGUUCAAAAGUCCUACAGACGUAGUAUUGUUCAUAAACAGUAGUGAUUAAUGUAUAUUCAAGGUGUUUACAGGGGAUAUAUUAAAGCCUAGAUAAACUAAAGAUAUAAUUAUUUAAUAACUGCAUAAAUAAGAUUGAAUUUUAUUUACACAUACAUGUAUAUGACACUUCAUUGUUGACUUAAGAUAUGUAUUUUUUGAAAUUAAUAUAGUUUUACAUACAUUAUUCUGUCUCAUUCCAGUUUCAACUGGGUUCUCUGACUUUGCCAAAAGUUAGUGACAGUGUUCAAGUAAUCAAGAACAUGUUUGAUCUGGCUGUAAACCAGAUGACACAGUUAAAGGUAAUUGUAACUGAUGUGUAAUUUACAUUUUAAAUGAAACUGAAAUGAAUGACUAAUGCUCUCUUUGUUACCUGAGUAUAAAAUUAACAGAUAUAGAAUGGCACUAGAUGGCAAUUGUUUUCAUAGACCUGGACUGCAUGAUACUUCAUCCUCUAGAGUCCAUUAACCCUUUAACUCUCAGAUCAAAUUUGUAAUUAUCCUUACUGUCAACCAUACAAUUAUUAUGUUAGUUCAGAGAAUUUAGUAUUGAGUCAACUUAUUAUUUCCAAAUUGAUAUUUUUCUUUGUUCUCAUCACUUAUCUGGUUGAUAUUGUAUUAAUACUGUAAGGAGAAAUUCUGUCUUGGUUACUUAUGGGAGUUAAAGGGUUAAGUUUCACUAGCACAUUUAAGUUACAAAGUAGAGCCACCCCCUCUCCCCCCCUGUCACUGUAAUUUGUCUAACUGUAUACUGAUAAGUUGCAGUGCCCAUUAUACACCUGGGUGUGGAGACACUCUCUGACUAAAGUGUGUUGUGCAAGAACACAACAUAAAGAUCAGACUAGGGCUAAUGAAUAUAGACUUAUGCAAGCCAUUGAAAUGCCAGCUUACCAACUGCUAAGCUAUGGCAUAAACCUUCAUAAUUUAAGUCUCUUUUUCAAGAACUCUAAUUAAUGUAAUCCCCACUGCAAUAAUUGUACUUGUGAAAAUGAAAGAUAAAAAAUAGCAGAUUGGUAGCUAUUUUUUCCAGUAGAUUUUAUUAGCAACUUGUUCAUGUGUUCAUACAUGUAUGUUUAUUAUCUUUUAGCAAGAAAUGUCAUCUUUGAGAUCUGACAAUACCAGAUUAUCUUCGGAGAGAAAAGAUACCCUGAAGGUUAGCAGUCUUAUUUAACACUUUAACCCUUAAGAGUGACUGACUUCUAAUUUCUACUGGCAUUCAAGAGUAUCACUCGUGAAUCAACUGUAAAGGUCAUAAGAACAAAGCAAAUAAUCAUUUAUUUAAGCAGCUUUUGAUUUUCCUUGUUGGUACCAUAAGAAAUGUAGAGAGGUGACAUUGUAGAGAAUAUGAAUUCUAAUCUUAGGAUGUACAGGGUUAAAUCUAAAGAGAUUGACUCAUUGAUUGACUGACUGGAUAGUUUUUUUUAAUGAUUGAUUGAACCUCUACUUCUAUACAAUAACUGUAUAAUUAUUUAUUAAUUUAUUCACUUUGAUUAACUUAACAUUAUAUUUUUUCAGCUUCUUGAGAAAUGUGUCACUGCCAAAGAAGAAAUGGAGAAAGAUUUAUUUGAAAAGGUUAUUAAGGCUGUGACUUACUUUUAUUAUCAGUAAUCAGGAGAUUCAUUUGGUGACCAGUUCUUGAGCAUGUUUUAAGCUCUUCCACUCCAAAGAUCUCAGAGUCUCUGUCUAUCAUGAAUUUUUUGUAAUGGUUUUAGUGAGUGUUUGAAAAGGAAUUCAUACUAUAAGUUAGAAUAAUUAUUUUUAGGCACUUCUAGACUUAAAAGGGUUGCUUUGAUAUUUUCUGGUAUUUGGCCAUUAGCAAGUUAAGAUUUGUUAUUGUUAAUCAUUUAUUAUUAUUAUUACUUAUUGUAAUUGCAGUUUGCAGCAGUGCUAAAUGACAAGAAGAGCAAGAUAAGGCAAUUGAAGGAGCAAGGUUUGUUCACCUUGUGUUAACUGUAGAUGGAAUUCUGAUUUUUGUUAAAUGACAACAAUUCUUCAUUUGUUUUUAUCUAUGCAAAUACUGCAGUAAAAGAGGCUUCUUCUUCACAGCCAGUACAAGGUAAAGUGUACAUAAUGAAAUAAAUAAUAAUUUAUGAUAGUUAUUUCUUAUAAAUCUAUCACAUGACUUUCCUUGAUUAGAAAAUGAACUUUUCCAAAAAAUGUGACAUUGAAUUUAUGUUUAGUCAGCUCUCUUGCCUACAGUUCUUAAAUGUUAGCUUCACACUAGCUUAUUAGGGGUAAUUUUCCAAAGGAACAGAGUUGAUAACGUGAAUUGUAAUGAGUUUCCAAAGUGUCACACCAGCUUAGCCUACCAGCCAAUAUUAUUUCUCUCACAAGACAAAUCUAAACUUUGCCUUACAGGCAUAUAAGUUUGGAAAGCUGACCAGUACACAAGAAAUCUUUAGUAGACAUCCAAAGGCGAACCUUCAGUUUUUCACUGUUAACAGAAAUACCGGUACUCAAUUUCAUUGCAAAUUAGAUUUGCCUCUAAUUUCUCUGUUUUUAAUUAUAAUAACCUUCAAAUUUUCAAGAUAUGUUGCAGUUUUUCCCAUAAUAUAAUUAUUAUACUUUUCCCCAGGUAAUAAUGAAACACUAAACUUAGCCAACAGAAAUAAAGGAAAAUCUAAAGGUACAGCCAUCAGGUAUAAAGCAGUUACUUUAGUAAUAGACUGACUGUGAGAAUGCAUUUUGAUUGAGCUUCAUAAAACCAAAUCCAAAGUAAUACCAAUGGCCAAUUGGGAAAAAGUAUCACAAGAAGGUGAUCCAAAAAAACAAAACAAGCCAAAUGCCUAAUGUCAGUGAACUAGUCAAAAAUGGUUUUAGUUUUGCAUCUGAUUGGUUGAGAAAGUGGCAUGUCUAUUGAGUUUUCUGCACAGAUCAUGUUGUGAAAUAAAGCAAAACCCAGGCAAUCCUAUAUUACUUUGGGCAUUCAGAUGAAAAUUGCUUUUAAUUAAUAAUGAUGGCUUUAUUUUUAAUGAAAGAAAUGAGAUGAUAUUUGUCACUUAAGAUAAUUUAAUUAAAAAAGAGGCUCUGUUUUCAUGUGUUAUUUUCAAAGGCAAGAGGAUACUGGUGAUGACACAGACAUUGAAAAAACAGAUACAGAGGAUGUAAGCUAAAGAUUUUACAUGAAGGGUUACUUUUUUGUUCUAUUUUCAUUUUAAAUUAAGUACAAAUUGACUCUAAAUCUUAAAUCUUGAUUUGAGUUGGUUCUUACCACAGCAAAGGAUGUUGAUGGGAAAGGCUUUGUUCCAGUAAUCAUGCCAUCUGUAAUUAAAACAAUAUAUUAAUAAAUACAUAAUGAUAUAGUUACAAUAUGAUGGUCAGUCACUUAAGUCAGUGGCAGUCUUUAGCAGCUUUUCUUGCAAAAACAGCCUCUGAAAGCAUCUCAUGAUCAUUUUAUUUUGUCUUUAACCCUUUAACUUCCAAGAUCUGAUUGUUAAUUCUCCCCUCUAGCUGCUACCCAUUUCCUUGUAAAUUAGUUAUGAGAACGUGGUGCCUGAUCAAGAUAGCCGCUUCUACCUGAUAAGCUCGAAUAUUCUCAUUACCUUUUUGCUGAAUAAUGUAUGGGUGUUAUAGGGAGAAGUUUCAUGUUCAUAACAUCUGGGAGUUAAAUGGUUAACACUUGACUGCAGGUUUCAUAGUUCUUGUUACUUACUCUAGUUGAUAUUUCACUCUUUAUUAUUGUUUGACAUUCAUCACCAUAAGCAGCAAUUACAGUUUGGGUACAAGGUUGCUUAACCCUUUAACUCCUGGAUCAAAUUUGCAAUUCUCCUUACUGUCAACCCUACAGUUCUUAUAAUGUUAAUUCAGAGAAUUUAGUAUUAGAUCAACUAAUCAUCCCCAAAUUGAGAUUUUCAUUAUUCUCAACACUUAUCUGGUUGAUAUUGUAUUGAUAUUGUAAGGAGAAAUUCUGUCUUGGUCACUCAUGGGAGUUAAAGGGUUAAGUGGCACAUUGGAUGUGAAUUUUUUUUCCCUGCAGUCACCUAUCUCUGAACCUGUGAGAGGAAGGAAAAAGAAACCAAUGUCUUUGUCUACACCAUUAAGUCAAGCUUUGUUACCAGAUGAUGAAGAUGAAGGAAUUGUACCAACUGUGAAGAGGUAAUAUUUGGAAAAGAAAAACAAAAAGUAGGUAUAUUGUUAUUGGAAGCUAAAGGAUGGAGAAAGAAAUACUGAAAAGACUGGUGACAAGUAUUGGUAAUAUAGGGAGGUUAUAUUGAGUGUCAAAAGGAAUUCAAGAUGUCUUUCUAUUGGUUUUGUUUAACCAUUUGCCUUCGUAGAGUUAAAAGUGUCUAAUUUCUCCUUAAAAUCUCAUCCCAGAAUCAAGCAUUAAGUUUACGAGUAUAAAGGAAAUGAUCACCAAUUGAAGAACCUAUUUUUUUGACAAUUUCUCCUCGUCAGCACUAUAGGAAAUGUAUAGAGAACAGUAUGGAGGAAAUGCAUAUUGUUGUUAGGGUGUAAAGGGCUAAAAGUCGUUCUUCGUACCAAAAAUAACCUACGGAUUUUUUGCUGGCGUUCUCUCACGUUUCAGGCAAUUUAAGUGUCCUUCUUUUGUGAUUUUUCUCCUGGUUCUUAUUGGCAGUUAUGAUUACUAUGGUUAUGGUUUGAGGACACUCAAUUGGGAAGCACUCUUGGGUUAAUCUAAAUUCUGUUUUCUUUUGUUUGUUUGUUUGUUUUUUUCAGGCGCCGUAGAAGGAAACCUACAGAAUCCCCUGCAGCAAAGCUAAUACUUCCCAAGGUACCCUCCGUCAGGAAGACGCCUAGCAGUUCCUCCGGGGAGAGGUGGGGGUGAUUAACAUUAAGACAAGUUGAGAUGUUAGUCUUUGAAGGACGAUGGGAAACAAGAGGCAUACGUUUUGAAUUUCGUUAUUUUAAAUUUCCACCAAACUGGAUACGUAAAUGUUAAAUGUCUGCUAAAUUUCAGCUAAUUCUGUCGCGGUUUGUAAACCACAAGCCGCCCCUCCUUUUCGGCUUAAAUCUGUCGCACGAGUCAAAAAAAUAAUAAUAAUAAUAACAGUAAAACAAUUAAUAAUUGUAGAAAAAAUGAUGUUAGCGCGCCGCGCGGAACUCUUGGAGUCAUGCGCAUGAAAACUUCCCGUGAGCCUCACUCCCAGAGUUCUACGCGGCGCACUAACAUCAACUUUUGUCGCUGGUUUUUUUUAGACUCGCGUUAAGGAAAGAGACGGACUACUCCUAGUCCACGCGGUUUAUGAAGCGCAAAGCUUUGACUGGUGUCGCUCUUCCUUUCACCCACACUUCUUACUGUUUUGACUACACAAACAGCUUCAAACGCGCACGUAGUAGUUACAUCUUUUUAUCUUGCAGUUUGACUUCAAGUCGAUCUCGCCUUCGUCAGCGAUCAUCAGACACAUUACCUCCUGAUGCGGAAGAUUUGAUGGCUGAGAUGUAAAAUAAAUACGACUCAUGUGGCUCGUGGAAUGGAGAUGUCUUACGACAAGACAUUGUAAACUUUAAUCUCUCGCUCACCAAUAACACAAAUUGAUUCAACGUUUGUU